CAAAAGCGCGGGAAACCGAGGAGCCCGCCGGCCCUGAAAACGGCGACCCCGACCUCCACCCCAACCGGACAGCCGUCGCCGGAAGCUACCCACCCAGAAGCAGUCCGUCCAUGUCAAAGAUGAGGAAGAUGAGGAUCCUAAGCCUUGUGGCGCUUUUUCUAUGUCAAGCCCACAGCCAAGCAACCUCAAGGCCGAACAUCCUCCUGAUCAUGGCGGACGACCUUGGCAUCGGGGACCCUGGGUGUUACGGAAACAAGACUCUCAGGACUCCCAACAUUGACCGCCUGGCUAGCGGAGGUGUGAAACUCACUCAGCACCUGGCAGCGUCGCCCCUGUGUACACCCAGCAGGGCGGCCUUCAUGACGGGCCGGUACCCCGUGCGAUCAGGAAUGGCAUCUCGGAACAGGAUUGGGGUGUUCAUCUUCUCGGCUUCUUCUGGAGGGCUGCCCCCCAGUGAGAUCACUUUUGCCAGGCUUCUGAAAGAUCAGGGCUACUCAACAGCACUGAUAGGGAAAUGGCACCUCGGGAUGAACUGUUACAACAUGACCGACUUCUGUCACCACCCUCUACGACACGGCUUUGAUUACUUCUACGGGAUUCCGACAACCAACCUCAGAGACUGCAGGCCCGGGGAAGGCACAGUCUUCGGCAUGGCCUACAGAUGGAUGGUCUUCAUCCCCCUUCAGAUCGUUGGGGUCACGGUGCUGACAUUGGCUGUCCUCCGCUGGCUAGGGCUGCUUCACGUACCCUACGGUGUUUUCCUGUUCCUCUUCCUCCUGGCUGGCACGAUCGCUGCCUCCUUCCUGUGCUUCCUACACUACUUCCGGCCCACGAACUGCUUCCUGAUGAAGAACUAUGACAUCUCCCAGCAACCCACAUCCUAUGACAACCUCACUCAGAGGCUGGCAGUAGAAGCCACUCAGUUCAUAAAGAGGAACACAAAGACCCCUUUCCUCCUGGUCUUGUCUUUCAUUCAUGUACACACGGCCCACUUCGCCAAUAAGGACUUUGCCCACAAAAGUAAACAUGGCGCCUAUGGGGACUCAGCAGAAGAGAUGGAUUGGAGUGUCGUACUGAGCAUUGAGCACAUCCUCUGA